AAACAGCCGAACUCCAGAUUUCCAAAAAACCCCAGAAUUUUUACUACUCCCUUCCUUCUUAAUACUUACUUUAAUUACCUCCUUACCAUGUAUAUGCGCUAACCUUCUCUUUUCAAUAUCACCGAUCCAUAAUUCAUGAAUCAAUUGGUCAGUUAAGGAUAGUCACUGAGUAUGUCCGAGAAGAAUGGCGUCGCAAAAGAUACUUCGCUACCUCUCGGCCUAAUUCGAGAUCGAACCUCGUCUUCUCUCAUCUCCUCCGUGCUAAACAUCGUCAAUGGCCACAUUGUCAGCAAGGAGAAUUGGCUCAAGUCCGUCGAAUGUCUUUAUAUGGCCAAGGACAAUGAGGAGCCUAGCGGCAAGCGGAGACGCGUAGAAAAUGGCAGUGUAGCCGCCGACUCCUCGGAGCUUCUGAGGAGAAGGUACCUUAAUCUUAUGGACGCUAACGAGGAACGCUACAUUAAAGGGAGACCAUAUGUUGCUGUCUCUUACACCUGGCAAGCCUCGAAAGAAGAAGAGGCAGAAGAGGAGGCAAGAAAAGAAUCGGCAAGGCGCUAUCUUGUCGAGUCUCGUAAUGCCGGCGAGCCUGCUCUGGCUAAUAAGGUGAGGCCUAUGAUCUGGGACCGAGUACUGAACUACGCCGAGCAUGUGGGCUGCAAGGAUAUCUGGAUCGACAAGGAAUGUAUCGAUCAGGAGAACGAGGCGGAGAAGGAAGCAGCAAUACAAAGUAUGCACCUGGUGUAUAAAUUAAGCAAGUGGCCAAUUGCCCUCCUCACGCGUAGGAUCAAGACUACAGAAGAGCUCGAUCUUCUUACCAAUCUAAUGUGUAACGACGUCGCCCCCGAAGAUGAACCAGCCGUGUUAGACCUUCUAGAUGACAUUACAUCUGACCUGUGGUGGACGAGAGCCUGGACGUUCCAGGAAGACUAUAGAGCUUCUACCCGAAUGAUGUUGCUUCUCCCACACCACUGGAGCUUAGAAAGGCGUAAACGAGCCAUGGUAGAUGACUCUGAUCGGUACAUUCUUGGAAAGGUCGAAGGCGAGAUUUGUAUAAAAUCUGUGGACUUCAGGGAACGGGCUACCGAGUUCUGCCUUUUGUAUCGGGAGAGAUCAGAUAAGGUGGAUAUCUGUAACAGGGUCAUUAAGAGGGCCACAAAGUAUAAUGUUCUCCUCAACGACAAGUCUUCGGCGUACUCAGCAUCACGUUCCAUGUCUCCAACAAUCCUCUCAGACAUAAUUUCGCGCAGUAUUAGGAAAGAAUCCGACCGCCUUGCUAUCAUGGCUAACUGUUGCGAGUAUGGUACUCGUAUCGACACAAACUCUCUCAACAGCGAUGGAACCAGCCUCAGCUUAUCGAUCCUUGCCCAAUAUCUUCUAAAUGGCGAAAUCAUAGAGAACAACCCGAAACGAGCCAUCCUAGGUACACUUAAACACAACAUCCACGAAUACCUUUCUAAACAAUCACUUAGUAGCUUUCGGCCUCCCGUCCAGCAAGGCCUUAAUUUCAUCAAAGGCUGUCGUUUUAUAAACCCGCGACUGACUUCGGAGGGAACAUUGACUAGAGGCCACCUUUGGAAACUGGGCAAAGUCAUACGUCGGAAACCAAUGAAAAUAUACGGCGCCUCCUACACGGAUAUCGCAGCCAAUCUGAUUAGUCACGUAUACGCCCACAACCACUCUCCAUACCGCGGGGGGUGGUGGCUUGAUUGCAUGGCCGGCGAAGUCGAGGAAGCCCUGAUGCAAGGAAAAGCUCUUCGACUAGGCUGUCUUGUAGACCCUAGACACGGAACAGAAUACGGUUCCUAUAGCGCCGUCUUCGUGGGCGACAGCCAUGAUGACUGGAAGGGCGAGGACGAGGACGAGGACGAGGAAGACGUCAGCUAUGCCUUUACUUCGUACCAAUUCCACAAAGAAGAUAUGCCAGGGUAUACCGAAAAACACGUAUCGCUGGAGGUCGACAUCGAGUGGCAGAGGCGCGACAGAUCCGAGGGCCGUUCGUCCUGCACGCCACCGAAGCUAUACAUCAAGCGGUGGCUCAACGGCCUCUGUUUCUUCGAGGGGGCCCAUACAGGGCAAGUCUUGUUUCCCUGGCAUCCUACACUGCUAGAACAGGCGUAGGGAACCCGCGAUUACUUCGAGCUCGGGAUUUAUAAGACAUGAGACGAGACGAGACGAGACGAGAACACGAAACGAGAGAAUGAGGGUCAUCAAAGGAGCGUUGCAUUUUUAUUUUGUUUAUUUUAUUUUAUUUUAUUUUAUCACGUGUACAUAAGAAACUCCUCAGGUAGAGAGAAUGAGGAAUCCGAACCUAGAGUAAAUAU